GAAACCCCCCAAAACUAAAAAAAUAAAGUAUUUUUUUUUCACUUAAACUUGCAGGUUGUACCAACUGACACCUCAUUUCAUCUUCAAGGAUUCUGGAACUUUUCUUUCUGAAUGAAGAAUGGAACUAUGCAAGAAUGACCAACCUGAUGACCAAUCGUCUGAUGUAGUAUAGAAAGAAAAAAAAGAGUUCAAAUGUUGAUUUUUGCCCCGCCCACUUUUGCACGACGCACCUCCCAGUGUUACUCUCUGCCCGACUUUCAGACUGACUGCGUUCGAACAGUGCAACCAAAUAUCGUUAGGUGACCGGUCAUCAUGAAAUCGGCGGUGUCUUUGUGUUGUCUGUUGGCCGUUUCCGUAGUCAUCACGUGGGCCUACCCGACGACCGAAGUAGAAAACCGGAAUUACCGGAUGGAUGUUAACUCCACCGUUGAGGAAGACUACGGAUGGUACGCUCCCGUCGCCAUGUUAUUCACACCGUUAUCAAAAGAAUCAGCCAAAGGCAGGUGGAAUGCCAUCCGGCCAAGGGUACCCUUCAGCUGGCGGAACGCCAAUCCGUGGCAUGGCCUUUCAGAAAGAAAUCGUCCGUCCGACUCCAACGACAGCCAACUGUCUCGAAUAAUCGAUUCGAUUAUGGAAACCGGAGCCGUUUACCUGCCCAAGAAAUCCGUCAGCAGUCUUGACACCAACAGCCAGUUUAUGUCGACAGGCGGAAUUGCUGAACCUAGAAAUCCGCAAUUCGGCAUUAAUAUGGGUGCAUUCAACAAUAAAAAGAAACAGGCCUUCCCUUGGUCGAAUGUAGCUGGAACUCCGGGAAUACCAGGUACUGAUGGGGUAAAUGGAGUUGAUGGGAAAAACGGAAAGGAUGGCAAAGAUGGAGCAGUAGGGCCUGUUGGGCCGUCAGGAACAAAAGGAGAAACGGGUUCGACUGGAAAAGACGGUCGUGAUGGACUUUCCGGGCCGCCUGGAAUGAUAGGACCUAUCGGACCACCGGGAUUGCAAGGCAUUCAAGGAUUAACUGGGCUGCUAGGAUCUGCAGGAGUACCCGGAGAAAUGGGGGAAGCGGGCAAAGACGGACGAGAUGGAUCGGAUGGAAUCAACGGCAAAGAUGGGACUAACGGAGUACCUGGUCCUGCAGGACCUAUUGGAUCUAGCGGGAAAGAUGCCAAGGACGGUAAAAACGGCCAAGCGGGCAAAGGAGGUCCUCCAGGUCUGAUUGGUGUUGACGGGAAAGACGACCUUGUACUUGUACAGUUGCGGCCGCGGCCGCAAUUGACCGCCAAUGCCGGCCUUGAAGUUAUUCAUGCGAGUAGUGUAUGA